AUGGCAUCCAAGCAGAGGUCGCGCCUCCCCAUGAAGACGGUCCAGGCUCCCUCCCCGAUCGAGGUCCUGUCUAACGCAUUCUGGCAUAUCUUCCGCAUUUCCGUCUCCUUUGCCCUCUUAUCUGUGGACAACACCAUCCUCAUCACCGCGCUGCUUCUUGCGCGUCUUCAAUCUGUGGUUGAUCGGUAUCAGAGACCACGACAUGAUCUACCGUUUUAUCCCAAAACCGUGUUGAUCACGGGUAUCGCUCUCGCCCGAGCUUGGGCUGCGGGGGGACACCAUGUGGUCGGGGCAGACGUCGCCGACCUCGAUCUCCCCGUCCGAUCGGGUGGAAGUAUGUCCCGUACUCUUCUCGUCUUCUACCGUGUCCCCAAAGAUCAUUACAUUUCCCGCAUCCUGGACAUUAUCCAUCGCGAGAAAGUGGAUGUGUGGGUCCCUUGCUCUCCCAAGGCAACCGCCAUUGAAGAUGCGACCGCCAGACAAGUGAUCGAGAGUCGGACUAGCUGCAAAUGCAUCGCUUUUGACACCGAUUUGGCCACGCGGUUCCUUCACACCGACUCCUUCGCCCAGUUUCUCACUGAGAGGGAUCUCCCUGUGCUCGAGCGCCAUCAGGUACACUCGCGUGACUCGAUCCACAAAAUCUUGCAUCGGUCGCCCAGCAAGUCAUAUCAGAUCCAGCGGCUAGGCUCCAGUUCGAACGACACCGCUCUACUUCUACCAAAGCGCACUUUAAGCAGGACUUACUCGGAAGUCAGCGAGAUUCAGAUCAACCAAGACUAUCCCUGGAUCCUUCAGCAGCAGAGUCGACUAGGGGAGUUCUAUGCAGAUAUACUAGUGGUACGGGGCCAUGUCCAUGCCAUCAAAGUUCGGCUUGCGGAGACUCAGAAAUCACACUGGGGUGCAUCCCCGGUGGACGAGGCACUGGCGACGGCCAUCCAUCGUCUCAUGCAAAGCUUUGCCGUGAAGGGGGAGCGCGUAUGA